CUUUACCGGACGUAUAAUUUCCCGCACACUGGUUUCAAAUUCCGUAUAUUCAUUAACACAUAGUACUGCUGAUCUUUAAACUCUGCAUAUAUAAGUAAAUGCCAUACAGUUAAUACCAAUACAAAUGUAUAUCACAGAGAGAGGCGAAAAUACUCAGGUUUGAGCCUUAACAUAUCUUAAUUAUCGUCUGUUUACGUCUGUACGACAAGCGGAAUUACAAUGAAUUACAAAGUAUUUAUUCAAUAUUUGGGCUGCUUCUACAGUAUCAUCAUGUGUGUAUCUUCGGCGUCACAUCGGACACACUGUAAAACACCAACCAACUUGAAAGCCCGUCAUAAGAAUCUUUCCAGAUUUCGCAAUAAGUUUAUUUACACAGAUAAAAUAGCUCCACUCACAACAACACCACAUCCUAAGUUGGAUACGACUUGCCCUACAUCUUAUGUUAAUUCCAGUGUUCUCCGCAAGCGUUCCACGUGUCCUUGGUACCUGAAAUCUAUCUAUAACAAAAGAGUUUAUCCUCCACUACGAACUGAAGUCGUGUGUCGUUGUAAAGAUUGUCUAGACACUGACAAAAACUACCAAUGUGUGACAGUAUCUACUAAAACAGUGAUACUUAAACGAACUCGAAAAUGUUUUAACGGUUUCUACAUAUAUAAGCCGAGUAAAAUUAUGAUCCCGGUUGCCUGUGUAUGUGUACGGAAAAUCGAUCGUAUAUCGAGGAAAAGUAAAGACUAACGGAAAGAUUAUUCACAUUCGAACGAUAUGGUUAUGUUAUACUAUGUAUAACUUACCACAAUUUAUUUGGGCUCUUUGUAUGUAUGUAUGUAUGUAUGUAUGUAGGUAGGUACGUGUGUAUU